UUGGAGGCGGCAGCGAUUCCGCCAUAAAUCAGACGGGCGGGAGGGUUAUGUUUGGGUUGUCUUUUCCAACACUAACAACAGAGCCCGCUCAAAAAUGCGUAUUUAUGUCUGCGCCCAUCGCGGACCCAAACUGCUGAAGUUUCAAGGAGAGUUUGGACACCGCUGUCAGACAUACGGUUGCCUCUCCCUGCUGGUGACAGUGCAGGAUACUGAGCGUUACACCACCCUAUUUGCCAGUAUUACCCUCAAGUGUGACUACAGCACUUCAGCCCAGCUGCAGGAUGUAGUGGUGACCUGGCGCUUCAAAUCCUUCUGCAAGGACCCCAUCUUUGAUUACUACUCAGUCUCAUACCAAGCCAGUUUAGCUCUUGGCCAGGACCCGUCUGAUGACUGCAAUGAUGUCCAACGAAAGGUGCGCAUUGUCAUCCAGAAAUAUGGGCAGAAUGAGCCUGUGCUGGGUGUUGACUACCGGCAACGAAAGAUCACCAUCCAGAACCGGGCAGACCUUGUUAUUAGUGAAGUCAUGUGGUGGGACCAUGGCGUAUACUACUGCACUGUGGAAGCACCAGGAGAUACCUCAGGGGAUCCGGACAAAGAAGUUAAGCUAAUUGUUUUACACUGGCUCACAGUACUCCUCAUCAUCCUCGGUGGUCUCCUCCUCCUCCUGCUGAUUGGAAUAUGUUGGUGCCAGUGCUGCCCCCAGCAUUGCUGCUGCCACAUCCGGUGUGUCUGCUGCCCAACCCGGUGCUGCUGUAAUGAGAAAGUACUGGAACGGCAUCGGUUCAUGAAGCGGGCUCAGGCUUUUGCACCGUGGAUGUUACCUAACAUGUUCUAUGGAGGUGCUGAUAGGAACUCACAACUUUCCUCUUAUCAGCUGAACCCUCUACUGCAACAAGAUGUGUCUCUGCAGAACAGUCUUCCACUGGUGCAGCCACAAGCUCAACUUUCCCCUAACAAAGGUGUUUUGGACUAUCUGGAAUCUGAAAUCCAAAACCUUAACCCGUCACAGCCCCGGCCACCCUCCAACCAGCGGCAGGCAGUGCAGCCCAGCUUGCUGUCCUCCCUGGGCAGCGACAUCAUGCAGCGUGGCACAAAUGGUCUUCCUCCUCUCAGUGGUCGUGCUUCUUCCUCCCAUGGGAGCAGCAACUCCUCACGUCCACAGAGAACUACCCACAGCCCCAGAACUUGGGACUCCAUAGCAGAGAACAGGAGGGAAGAUCGGAGGUGGCCCUUGCCUUCCAGUGAAGAUUCUCGUUCCAGCUACAGUCGGGAAACCCGGGACAGGCAGCGAGAUGACCAUCCUCCAAGGCAGAGGGCAGGCGGCUACGAUCACAGGCCCCAGCGCUCCAGGCGGGAUGUGUCGCCCACCCGCCAGACUGAGAGGGGAAAAAGCAGCAGCAGCAGCUGCAGUUUCUAUUCAGAGGAGGCCAAGGAGCACUCCAGCCACCACCGUGGCCGGAGACGGCAGCCUGCAGUGAGGCGAGAGUACCAGCAGCACACCAGGAACAGCAAUAACUCAAGGCACCGGCGGCACAGCUACUCUCCCCCAUCUCGACGGGGAUCAUGGAGCUCCUCAGAAGAACAAAUCCGUCUCCCAGCGACAAACCGCAGGCGGCACAACCGGUCUCGGGAAUGGCCAGAAGAUAAACCUCCCAGUUAUCGCUCACUAGAAAUCAUCCCAGAUCGGGACAGCAAGCCCAGAGAAGGUGCAGGGCCACGCUCGGACAGAGGAAGUUCCUAUAGUGCAAGAAGCAUUGUCAUUUAAUGCCAGUACUGAAAGAAUGAAGAUUCACACUGGACUCUUUCUAGCUUUUUUUACUAUAUAGUUGGGAUGACUGCUUUUGAUUGAACCAGCAAAGGAAAAACAAACAGAAGAUGAAACUACUUUUGAAGAAGAUACGUCUAGUGGACUUGAAAGUGAUAUAUAACCUAUAUUUAUUCCUACUUUGAUUUGGAAACAUAGGUUUGUGAUGGGCUGAAAACAUGCUAUUGGAUACAGUAAAUUUUUUUAAUAAACAGUGUAUUCCCAGA